AUGGGACUGUCACUUGGGUCGAAGGUAGGGGAAGAAUGGAGAUUUGAUGAUGAUGGAAGAGCAUCAUCGGUUGUGGUCACUAUAGGAGGAAAUGACGAGAGGAUCAAGAAAGGACUAGGGAUAUCGAUCACGGCCAGGAUAAACUCAAGGAUUCUCAGAUUUAUCAGAGACAUCACAAGCUACUUCGACACAGAGUAUGAACGUUCUGGAUACAUAGACUCUGAGUUACUUCCGCUGCACAUGACCUUAGCUAAGGUCCUUGGGGAUGAUGAGGAGAAGUGGCAGAGGUUUUUCUUAAUAGGACGAGAGGGGAUAGAGGGGAAUGAGGCGGCCAUGAAGAGAUGUUUUAGUACAGAGAAGAGUGAUGAGGAGAAUGAAAGUGAUAGGGCGAAGAGGGAGAUAGAGGUUCUAUGCAAGCUAUAUAAAACUAAGGGCUUUAAUAUAGGAAAGUUAGCGGAGGAGAAUCUCUUUACAGUUAUAUUUAUGGGAUUGGACAAUAAGAAAGGCAGAAUGAAGGCUGCAAGGAUGCUCUGCAGGUAUUUAAAGGAGCAGAAUGGAACAGGUCGCAAGAGGAAGCAAGAGGCGAGGAUGUUGAUGAAGAACAUCCUCAGGGAGGCACGUAGGAGAAGUGGCAAAGAAUGGAAAAGGAUGGUCCGGGUGGUCAGUUCAUAUGGGAUACUAGGUGUCGUCCCUUGUGAGGUUGGGCUUUCAGCUGUGGAAGCUGAGGUCAGAAUAUACGAAAGCGUUGGGAAAGGAGAGGACUGCAACUAUAUACUUGAGGGGUUUAUCAAGGGGCUACGCAAUGAAUGGAACUGCAAAGGUGAUGAAGACAGGGGCUCUGUUUGGAAGAAAGGGGUGGGUAUGGUGGUAAGGCUGGCAAAUAUCUGUGGAGAUGUUAAUGUAUACCACGUUUUGAAAAGAGAGGAGGUGAGACUUGGGGUUGCAGACGAUCUAUGGAAGUCCCGACAUGAAGGAGGCAAGAUGAUUGAGGACAUGAUGAAGAAUGUGGUUGAUAACAUGUCUUUGAAAGGUGGGACGAGUGUGGAGUAUGUAAAGAAGCUUCUGAACAGCACAAAGAGCAAGUCCAUUCAAAAGGAACACUUGAACUUCUACACUGUAAGAAACAAUGGGAUCAAGCUUGCACACAGGAUAUACAAGGAAGGGUUUAUCCCUGAUGUGAUCUAUGUUGCAGUGCGGGGCGGGACCUAUCUUGGGAAUGUGAUAAGUGGGUACUUCAAUGCUGUGUGUGGGCGUAAGAUACUGUAUGCUGUAGUGUCUGCACACUCUUAUACGGAUAUAGGAGAAAAUGGAAAUAUCCAGAUAAAUGGGUGGACUCACCAUCCUUCGAACCUGAAGGAGGGAGAGAAGGUUCUGCUUGUCGAUGACAUCUUUGACUCGGGGAAGACAAUCAACUGUUUGUCUGAGAUUAUUCUAAAUGAAGGGAUUCCACGAAGCGACUUGAAGAUAGCUGUGCAUGACUACAAGUACUUCCCUGAGAAUGGAAAGAAGCAGGGCAUUUGUCCUGACUACUGGUGCCGCAGACAGGAUGUAUCUGUGUGGGAAGGGCCGCGAUGGAUUGAGUACAUGUUCUAUGAGCUGAUAGGGACCUCUGAAGAAGAGUUUGAGGAGAACUACUACACCCAGGAUCCUGAACUGAGGGAUGCCGUGAAUGAGAUAAUAAAAUGA